AUGUCGUCUCGCAAGCGUAGCAAGGAAGAGCCGAAGACGCCUGUCCGGGAGAAUGCUUUACCUUUUUCUCAACGUGAAGUUUCGCCGCCACAUAUGUUGCCUACCGGGGACGCCCUCAUCCGAGGCGAGACGCUUGAUGAGCUAGCCGACGAUGCUAGACCAACAUCUAAACGAAGAAGAGUGUCUGGUGCUGUCCGGCCAACACUGGAACGCGUCCAGAACGGCGAAGUAUUCGAAGGAUAUACGGAUUGGGUAUCAGUCGAAAUGGUCCUCCGAAUGAGCACAGCAGACGGUACCGAAGAACACUUCAUGGUCAGAAGCUACCAACGAUGGACUUCUCAAAAGCACGAAACAUGGAAGUCGACUCACAGCGCGUUCGAUAAACUUGCUUUUUCCCAAUUGGAUCUCACUUUGGUCGCCGUCAAAGACAUGCCUGAACUAAUAAUCAAGUUCAUCAAAGGUCUCAUCGAGCUCGAAACUCUGGAAUGUUUUCUUAUUCCGCCAAAGUUCUACCGGCCGCAGUAUGAUCCUUCCUUAACCAUUGCUCCAGAGAAAAUGCUCAAAGACUGUUACCUCAAGCGAACAAUGCUCUCAUUUGACCCGAACAACCAAAACGAAACGAGCGCGGAGAUUGUCUUGGGAGAGGCAAAGAUCUGCGAGAAACUUGUCAAAAAUCCCCACGGGAAUGUCGCACAGUAUUGGGGAUGUUAUGUCGUUGACAACCAGAUUCGAGGUCUCGUUUUUGAAAAGUACGCUAUGACUCUUCAGCAACAUGUGCAGACUGGCAAUCCAAUCAACAUCGAAAAUUGUAUGCGCGGUAUUGAGUGUGGUAUCCUCCACCUUCAUAGUUUAGGAAUUAAUCACAACGACAUUAAUCCAGACAACAUUAUGAUGAACGCGAACGACAACCCGAUCCUUAUCGACUUUGAUUCAAGUUGUCCGUCAGGAGGGGUGCUUGUCAAGGGAGGACAGCCUGAUUGGAGCCCGGAGGACUUGAAGUAUAGUUGCCAAGCAAACGACUACUAUGGACUCUUUAAGAUACAACAAUGGUUGUACAGAGAAAGGAAUAAGCGAGAGAAGAACUUACGAGAGGAAUCAGGAAAAGCAGAGGAGUCGGAAAACUAG